AUGUCUUCGGCAGAGGAGCAGGAAAUCCUGGCUCGCAUCGGCCAGCUUGCCGGACAGAUCAACCGUCACAAGAACCAACAGGCCGGCGUGGCCACCAGCCCAGCCCAUCACUACCACCCUUACCACUCCCCGACCAAUGCAUACUCCUCGUGGGGUCGCGGCGCCGGGGGGUAUCAGGCACGAGGCGGUCGUGGAGCCAAGGUUGCCCCGCAUCGCCAUCGGUCUCUUGUCCUCAACAACACAGCAAACCACAACGGCGCCGUCCAGCCCGGCGGCAGCACCAAGCACGACCCCGACUCGGGCGCCAACUCGGACGCGUCCACCUCUUCCUGGGUUACGAAGAAGGACCGGCACUUGCAGCUGAUCAACCCCGCCGUGUACGAGAAGGAGGCCCAGGCCCGGACCAAGGCCAUGGCCGAGUCGACGCGCCAGAAGGAGCGGGCCGUGGACGAUCGCGAGCGCUCCAAGCUGUUGGCCCACCUCGGCGGGGGUGUCACGCCGGCUACCCCCGUAGGCUAUGCUAACACGCGCCCGAACGCGCAGUACGAGGUCGUUGUUGACGGAAUCCGGUUCAACGUGGCCAAGAACGGGAGUAAACUCGUCAAGAUUAUCGACAACAACGCGCCCAAAGCCACCCCCAAGAUGGCCGUCGUGGGCGGAGUCAAGUUCUACCGCAGUCGUAACGGCAAUCUGUAUAGACAUGGCAUCGUCAAAGCCCAGCGGCGAUCCGGAACGGUCCGCAAGGUGGACACGCCAUGCCGGAUGUUCUCCAUGACUGGAUCAUGCACAAAUGGCCCUCGUUGCCGCUACAUACACGACCCAGCCAAGGUGGCGAUAUGCAGAGACUUUCUCGUCACGGGCGACUGUGUCAGUGGCGGCUCGUGCGACCUUUCCCACGAGUUGACGGAUGAGCGGACGCCGGCAUGCGUUCAUUACGCCAAGGGCAAGUGCACAAACCCCGACUGCCGGUAUGCUCACAUGCAAGUGACUCCAGGAGCGCCGGUGUGCCGAGACUUUGGUAUGCUCGGAUACUGCAGCAAAGGCGCCAACUGUGACGAACGCCACGUGUUCGAAUGUCCCGACUUCAGCAACACAGGUGUCUGUAAGACAAAGGGCUGUAAGCUCCCGCAUCGGGAGAGGGCAAGCGUCCUUCGCAAGGCGGGAGCGACAGCAGGCGACAACGACGUGGACAUGGCGGACAUAUCAAGCGACGAGGACGGCGAGUCGGUUGAUAGCAACGAUGUCGACUCGGAUGCUGUGGACGAGUUUUUAGGGGACGAUGCUUCUGAACAAGUUUUCGAUCCCAACCAGGAGUACAUCCAGCUCUAA